AUUUGGAGUCGAGUCAUAAUAGAUCGACUUGUCUAGCGCACAGCGCACGCCUCCCCAUGGUCGAUUUGUAGAAUCUAUUUCAUACUCGUGUUCGCCACUGAGCCAAAAACCCUUGUUCUAAAAUCUGCAUCUCAGUCAUAAGAGAAAGAGAAAGCAGAAAAAAUGGCGAUGAUGGGAGCUCUGAAAAAGUCAAUUUUAGGCCAUUUCAGGGUUUCAGUUUCUCAACCUUCCCUCUCUUUGAUUGGAUCCAAUAAGUUUCAAAAUUUCCCAAACCUAAUCAAUCGUGCAUUUUCAUCACAUGAUGACCAUCUCACUAAAGAUCAAGUCACUGAUAGAGUUCUCGCCGUUAUUAAAGACUUCCCCAAAGUCGAUCCUUCCAAGGUCACAUCAGAAGUACACUUCCAGAAAGACCUGGGGUUAGAUAGCUUGGACAAUGUAGAGCUUGUAAUGGCCUUAGAAGAGGAAUUCAAGCUGGAGAUUCCCGAUUUGGAGGCAGAUAAAAUUGACUCGUGUAAGCUUGCCAUUGAAUACAUUCACAACCAUCCACUGUCUAGCUGAACUCAUCAAUUUUGCGACAUGGGACUAAAAUUUGUUUCAAAACCAUCUCUUUUGCUUUCAUUUGAUGACUGAUUUUCGUAAAAUCGUUCUAGUGUUUGGGCAAUAAUGUACAAGAUUUGUUGGUCUUAAUUUAGACGACCCAUCUGAUUUGCUCUUUUUGAAACAUUUCCAAAUGUGGCUAUGGAUUUAUAUCCAUGUUAUCUGUUCUUUACUCUUGGAACUCAUUCUUAUCGCUACUCAUAGCCCAAGUUACUCUUACCGGUUUA